GUCGUGUGUGCUUGUGUGUUGUGUUGCAGUUGCACCUUGCUCUAUUUAUCCUCCUAUUCCGCAACGUCCGCUGCCAAAUCAUGUCCAGAACAGGCGCCGCUGCGGUCAGCACAUUUCGCAUACUCCUGCGCCAUUCGUAUCAGCGGCAGCGUUUCGGACGCUGUGGAUUCCGUUUAGCGCCAACGCCAACGCCAAUGGUCACGACCUUUGCUCUGCACUUGCAACAACAAUCACACAGAACAUUUUCAUCAUCAGCAUCAUCGACAACAUCGCAUGAUGACGAGCCAAAUGGAAGGAAAAACCUUGACAAGCAUAAAAAGCAACUGGAUAUGGGAGGCAAGGACGAUAUCCGACGACUUACACUGACUGAUCUCCGGACACGUUUGAGAGAGCACGGAUUAAGCGUAACGGGUAACAAACAAACGCUCAUUGAACGCUUACAGGCAACUCAGCCAGAGACGCCACAAAAAGCGGCAACACCAACAACCACAACUGUAUCCCAUUUGUUACGACAAAAACUCACUCAGCAGCAGCAGCUUGUAAAUAUAAAUAGUCCAUCCUUUGCCAAGAACACGGAACAAUCGCCGGAUGACAUCUUUGUGGAGUACGUUAAUGGGAUGCCUCAAAUGACCAUACGCCUGCCUAGCCGCAAUGAACUGUGUCAAUUUGCAUUGAAACCGAUUUCGCAUUGCGUUGGCGAUCUGUUGGCCAUGCUGAAGGAGGAGGAUCGCGGCAUUGACCGAGCGGCCAUAAUAAAUAAGCAUGGCGUGCGUAUUGCCUCGUCCUGCACUAUCGAUAGUCUGCUAGACGAUACAUUUAGCAUACAAAUCAAUAAUCGCACUUUGGAAGUGCAUCCACCGAAACGUGAUAAGAUCACUUUAGAAGCAAUGGACAAGGUGGGCGAUGUGCGAAAGGUUAUAGCUCAGCUCUACGAAGCAUUCAAUGUCGGUGAAUAUCAACUGGAGAAGAGUCAACAAUUGGCCAAGGAAUUGGAGACCAUUCGCUAUGAACUGGAACCACUGGAAGAGAAAAGAUUAGCAUUGAGCAAAAAGGCGGCUCGGCGUACUAACAUAAUGACCUGGAUGGGACUCGGCCUCAUGUCCGUGCAGUUUGGCAUUCUGGCACGUCUCACUUGGUGGGAAUACUCUUGGGAUAUUAUGGAACCGGUUACCUAUUUUGUAACCUAUGGCACAACCAUGGCCAUGUAUGCCUACUACUGUGUAACCAAGAGAGAAUACAUCAUGGAACAUGUGAAGAACCGGGAAUACGCUCUAACCAUUUACAGGAAUGCCAAGAAAGUCGAGUUCGAUAUCGAUCAGUAUAAUCAAUUGAAACGCAAAACGGCCGAAUUGGAGUACAAUUUGAGGCGCAUCCACGAUCCGCUCAACAUGCAACUGCCAUCGCAUUUGGUUCGCACCCAAGAGAACACCCCACCCCUUGACCAAAGCGAGAAACUACAAUUGAAAGAUGGGGAUGUCUCCACGACGAAACGGACUUAAAUGACGACAACUUGUUGGCUUUCCGCUAUUAGGUUUGGUUCUUAGCGCAAUGAUGAAACUCACAUAUAUUUAUUUAUUUUCUCGCUCGCUCACUCGCUGUAUUCUCUUUAAAUGUGCAAAAGAAAAGAUUAGUCAUCCAAAAUUAUAGUCAUAUAUAUUUAAAUUUUAAUUUUAUUCUUAUACUUUAUUUUUAUUUGGAAAGUCUUUGGUUUUUUUAUGUUUCGAUUAAGCUUAAGCCAAAAACCAUACGCACAAAAAAUGUUGUUGUGCAUCAGACGCAGAGACGGACACAGAUCGAUGAUUGAUUGAUUGAUUAAUUAAUUACUAGUAUACAAUCUCUGACAUAGAUACUCGGUGUUGGAGUUUUGAUGCACCUCUUAUUUUACGUACAUAAAUAUAAAUUUUUGUUUAAUGUUUAGUUAACUAUUUAUUUAAUGCAAUGAUUCGUUUUAAGAUUUGUGCAAAGUCCAGUGGAAAAAUAUAUGAAUUCUUUAUUGAUUGUUUUAAUUGAA